AUGGCUCCCUCCGCUAUCACCCCCGAGACCUCGCCUGAGCGCACCGUCUUUGUCAAGAAGGUCCUCGACCAGGACACGCGCUCGCGCGCCUCGUCCGUCUCGUCCGUCAAGCUCAACGACGGCAACUUCAUCCCCCAGGUCGCCCUGGGUGUGUACAAGGCCCCCAACGGCCAGGAGACUGAAGAUGCCGUCACUGCGGCUCUCGACGCCGGCUACCGUCACAUUGACUCUGCCGCCCGCUACGCCAACGAGGAGGCCUGCGGUCGUGCCAUCCGCGCAUGGAUGGAGCGCACCAACACCCCCCGCGAGGAGAUCUAUGUCUGCUCCAAGCUCUGGGAUGCCGACCACGGCUACGAGGCCACAUUCAAGGCCCUCUGCGACUCCCUCGCCAAGUUUGGCCUCGAGUACCUCGACCUCUACCUGAUCCACUCCCCCGCCGACAACGAGGAGAAGCGCCUCGCCUCGUGGCGCGCCCUGGAGGACGCAAAGCGUCUGGGCAAGGUUCGCUCCAUCGGUGUCUCCAACUUUGGCGCCGCCCACAUCCAGAACCUCCUGGACAACGCAACUGUUGUCCCCGCGGUCAACCAGGUCGAGGUCCACCCCUUCUGCCAGCGCCAGGAGCUCGUCGACCUCUGCGCUAAGAACGGUAUCAAGAUCGAGGCCUACUCUCCCCUCGCCCGCGGCAACAAGCUCGAGGACCCUACCAUUGGCAAGAUUGCGGAGAAGUACGGCAAGACUCCCGCCCAGAUCCUUCUGAACUGGAACGCGUCCCGCGGCAACGUCGUCCUGCCCAAGAGCUUGACCGCUUCGCGCAUCCAGAGCAACCUGGACUCGUUCGACUUCACCCUCGACGCGGAGGAUAUUGAGACCAUUAACAACCUCGGCGCUGAGAACUAUGUCACCGGCUCCAUGCACAAGUCCGCCGACUGA